AUGUGUUAAAACUGAGCCUUUACUGUUACUACUGCAUCCUUUGUGGAAGAGUUGUCAAAGUUGACCAAAAGGGAGGCGAUUUUUUACAAAAACACACAGAAGAAAACAGCUCAGCUGUUAAAUAUGCAUGCGGUACUUUUCUCAGAUUACUACAGGCGUUUCAUGAGGACUCGACAUGUGAAUCGCAGUGGAUUUCAUUGAUUUGGAUUAACAUUACCUCUGGUCAUGGAAAUACAAUCUGUUUACAUUUUUUAAUGCAGUUGCACGGAUGGUGGACGUCUGUGGCGCCUGUGAGUCAGGAUAGAUUUCGACUCCCAACGAUCUGCUAUUUUCCACUUUAAUGGUAUUGGAAAUCAGAUUUGGCACGCACCAAGACGACCAGCUAAUGGCACACGUUCUCUUGUUACCCCUCAAAGCAUAAACGUGUCCGUCUUCCUCAAUCUCCGUGCUUUCCUUUUGUUUCUGUGGAUGACAUCAUGGACCUCUGUGGUCUAAGAGUAUCACGAGUGGACGCCGGUGUUCUGGAUCUGAAGUCUGUGAGGUCACUGUGUCAUUUUGAGAGGAAUGUGAAGCCAUUUUAAUGCGUCUGAUUACAGCCACCACUGGAGAGCCUUGACUCAACAUGCAGGGGCGGCCCAGGCAGGCCCAGCAGCAGCAGCUAGGAUGCCUAUCACCCAAGAAAAUGCCCUGAGCCAUCUCCUCCUGCUGGAGAACUGGCUCAGGGCUCAAGAAAAGAACCGAGACGAGGGCGAUGAACCUCGGAUGAGCGCAGGCGGUGUUUGCCAGGCCGCCAUCUGCAAGCUUGUGGAAUACAUCCAGCUAAACUUUGCUGAUGUUGAGAGUCCUUUGUACGGUAGUAGCCCAUUUAGAGAGGAAAUCGAUGCUGAAGUGAGGACGGUCUACCUGAACAAGUCUAAGGAAGAUGGACCGGAGUUCGGGCUCAGCUUUGGAAAUAUUCCGAUUUUUGGAGACCCUGAGGGGAAGAAGAAAGGGGUCAGGAGGAGGCGCAGGAAGGGCGAUAAAGGCCCUGUGUUGGAUGUCGGGUGUAUUUGGGUGACUGAAGUGAAAAAGAACAGUCCAGCAGCCCGUUGUGGAGAUAUUAAGCUGCGAGAUGAGCUGCUGUCACUAAACGGACAGCUGAUGGUUGGGGUCGACGUCACUGGAGCCAGUUACUUGGCAGACCAGUGCUGGAAUGGAGGCUGCAUCUACCUGAUCAUGUUGCGAAGAAUCAAACGUAAGGCUCCUCUCCCUCCAUGCAAUGGCAGCAGUGGGGGCAACUGUGUGGACGUCUCUAAUGAGCACCGGCGCAAUGUCUCCAAUGAGCCUGUUGGCAGCCCCACACAGAAUGGGCAGAAUGGAAAACGAACUCGCAAAUUUGGCGUCAUUUCCCGCUCAUCGUUCACUCGCGACAGCAAAGACAGUAAAGAUAGCCGGGACUUUGAGCAUGAGAAUGGCUACAGCUCCAUGGAGGCAGAGGUCACGUCCCCAGAGAGCAGCACCCCUCAGGACACACCGACCGAUGAUAGUCCAUUCAUUGGCUCCUCGGAGGUGAUAUCCAAUCACUUGAAGUUGGGGAGCACGGCCACCCUACCCAGCCGAUUACACUCACGCCUGUCUGAAUCCUACAAAACUGAGUCAAUAAGCAGUGAACCUUCCAGUCAGCCCUGUGAGGGCAGCCGGAUCUGGAAGAUGCACAUGGUGAAGGGUCAAGACGGACUGGGUAUCCAGAUCACGGGCGGGCGAGGGUCCAAACGCUCUCCUCACGGUAUCAUCGUGGCCCACGUGGAGGAGGGAGGAGCUGCACAGAGAGAUGGUCGUCUGAAGGCAGGUGAUGAGUUACUAAUGAUAAACGGUCACUCCCUGGUUGGUCUCUCACACCAGGAAGCUGUAGCCAUCCUGCGCUCUACUGCUGGACUCGUGCAGCUGGUGGUGGCCAGCAGGGAUGAAUCCGAAGUGGACUUCCACAAGUACCCGUCCACCAGCUUGCCCGACCUAGUGAGCACGUGCUCUGGCCCGGACGCCUCUCCCUCCCCCGGGGAGGAGAAGGAGAAUAUGGAGCCGGACAUGGAGGACGUGAGGGCCAGCAGCCUUUCACUGCCCACCCAGGACUUGUUUACAGAUCUUGACAGAUUGGAGGAACGUGGCAGGAUUGAGGGUCCCAAGGGAUGUUGCCGAAGCCCCACACCGAUGAAGUUCCGUAGCAGAUCCCAAGGUGGAGGGAGCCGCCUGGAGUCUGUUGGCGAAGAUGAUGAGCUUAUCGUGGAAAAUGGUGAUACAGGAAGUGACGUGGCAGAAAAGCCAGCGCGAGGAGGACGCAAACAUUCCCUCCCACAGCAGCUGGAUACAGUUGGAGUCCGACAGGAAUAUCAAAUCGUGAAGAAAUCGGCUCGUUCCCUGAGCACUGUUCAAGUGGAAUCUCCAUGGCGACUGGCACAGCCAUCCAUAAUCUCCAACAUUGUCCUGAUGAAAGGACAGGGCAAGGGUCUAGGCUUCAGUAUUGUCGGUGGGCAGGAUUCAGCCCGGGGGAGGAUGGGUAUAUUCGUCAAGACCAUUUUCCCCAGUGGAGCAGCUGCAGCAGACGGGAGGCUGAAAGAAGGUGAUGAGAUAUUGGAGGUGAAUGGAGAGUCUCUCCAAGGCCUCACGCACCAGCAGGCCAUUCAGACCUUCAAGCAAUUGAAGAAGGGGGUAGUUACUCUAACGGUGAGGACCCGUCUGAGAAGCCCCAGUCUUACACCCUGUCCCACGCCAACCCUGCUCAGCAGAUCCAGCUCUCCAAACUCAAAUGCCAGUGGUGGGACUCCAGUCCCUACUAGCUUUGAAGAUGGGGACUCUCGUAAGGGUCCUGGUCCCAAGGAUCGCAUUAUCAUGGAGGUUACAUUAAACAAAGAGCCAGGUGUGGGGCUGGGUAUCGGUGCCUGCUGUCUAACACUGGAAAACAGUGCUCCUGGGAUCUACAUCCACAGCUUGGCGCCAGGAUCUGUUGCCAAAAUGGAUGGCAGACUCAGUCGAGGAGACCAGCUUCUGGAGGUUGAUUCUGUGAGCCUGAGACAUGCGGCGUUGAGUGAAGCCUAUGCUAUCCUGAGUGAAUGUGGACCCGGUCCGGUCAGCCUAAUCAUCAGCCGACAUCCGAACCCCAAAGUGUCUGAACAGGAGAUGGAUGAAGUGAUCACUCGCUCCACUCACAGAGAUAGUCAUUCUUCCCACACACUUGGCCUGCCGUCCAAGAGUCCAUCUCCCACUGUUAAAGUCAAGCAGGGUGAGGGUAAUCCUGCUCUCAGCUGGACCAUGAAGAGAUUCCUAGAGCCAGCCAGCAGGCAAGGCUCAUUGAGUUCAGAGGCAGAGCUCUCUCAGUAUUUCUCAGUUCACGAUGUACCCAGCCAAUCUUCCCUCUCUGAGACCAUGGCGAUGGGAUCCAGUGACGACGACAUGCUGCACUGUAGCCGGAGCUGUAAUACGUCCAUGGAGGAAUCAGCAGCACCUCAGUCACAUGUCUUUCGGGAUGGUUCCUGUAGAGGUUCAGAUAGUAGUCCCACUACCCCAGAAUGUUGUAAAGCUUCUGCUGGGGCUGGUCGCACAGUAGACGCGGCCCAACAGCCCAGCGUGGGAAGCAGCCCGAGUUCUGUACGUAGCCCACUUCUCCGUCAGCGCCGGGUUAUCUGCUAUGAGGAUGAGCCCAGUGACGACGAGACUGGUCUUGAAGAGGACAGUGGCCCUUUCCGUCGCCUUCUCCGUGGGGUCUCAGAGAGUGGCCACCAUCACCACCAGGAGGAAGACUCUGGUAUUGUAAUAGCCACAUCAUCUCUUGAAGUUGAUGAUGAAAGCCAGGAUAGCAGCGAGAGCCACAGACAGCUCGGCAGCGAGCCAGCCACUCCGAUCUACGGCAGCUCGCUUGAAUCUGAGGAAGGACCUAGCGGCCCUCCUGGUGCCGAAUCUCCCUUCAUGCCCAUUCGCUGUAUGGAGGCAGCCGGAGGAACAAACCUGGGCAUCAAAAAAGAGCCCCAUCGAGAAGGGCAGGAGGUUAAACGCUCACCCAAGCUGGAGCACAAAGCCGUGACUCGUGUCAAAAGCAUGAUGAGCAUUGAGUGCCCCAGCCCUCCACAAAGGGCCAAGGGUGAAGAACCACCUUUACUUCCAGCAACCCCUGCUCAGGUUACACAGAAUAGCACACGGCCACCUUGCAGGAUGCUGCACUGCAAGAAGGGUGAAUCCAGUGAGCUAGCAGGGGUCUGCACCAUUGAGACGGUACUGCUCCAGCGUAGUGAGACCGAGUCUUUUGGACUGGAUCUGGAGAUUAAGUCCACUCCACUCAAGGUGCUGAUCACAGGGCUGAGACCAGGAGGUGUUGCGGAAAGGGAAGCCUCAGGGAAGAUGAGCGUUGGUGAUGAGAUUGUAACAAUUGGUGACACCCCUGUGUGUACAUCCACCUAUCAGGAGAUCUGUGACCUCAUGCACAACCUGCCAAUCACAUUGACCUUAGAGAUUAAGAAGCCAGUCUCAGCUGUAGAUCGACUCUCUAGCCUGAUUAUGUCCUCUGGCUGUGAGGGCUCAUCUAAAUUGGAGGCACCUAGACCUCCUCCUGAAGAAAGGAAUCAUAUGGACAAAACUUUAGUUGUGGCUCAAGAAAGCCCUUCAUCAGAAACAAAUAUAAAACAGGCAUUAGCAAUCCACAACAACAUGCCUGUCACUAAUAUUGAUGAUGUAAUAGCUGAACUGAACUCAUCAGAAAGCAAAGAAAAAGACCAAAAUGUCUUGGAAUUCACAGACACAAUUGCAAAAACAGAAGAGUGCAGUAAAGUAGACGACAGAGAGACUGCAGCGCCAUCACAACCAAACCUUCUGGAUUUCUCUGCACUGGAUGUGGGGAACAAUGCUUGCCAUUUUCCUGUAGGAAAGACAUUUUUAAAUAGUUACUCAAGAAACUUUAGUAAUCUGGAAGAGGAUGUUGUCCCUCCAGAGAAAGGACAUGGAGAGAAACCAAGUAUGUACAGUCUGGUGGAAGAUAGUGACUCUGAAAGCGACUCUGCAGACAGUGCUGUCAAAAGAGAGAUGUCUCAAGGUCACUGUGAGGGUCCUCAGGACACUGACUCAGAUGAGGAGGAGGUUGAGCUCUGUUUCAGCACUGUCAGUCAGCCUGCAUUCAGCCAAUCAGAGGGCAGUUCUCUGCAAGAUAGAAAUAGCAUUGACAAUAGCCAUAGUGUUAACAAGACUUUUGCUAGUAUAGAUUGCCACAAUCCUCCAUCACUCUCAGCGCAAGACAAGGAUUCACAAGAGAACAAUCAUUCACCCCUUAAGUUACCAGAGACACUUUCCCCUCAAGUUUUAGAUGAUGUUCUUUUAAAUGGGGAUAGUGGACAUGCUCCCACACAACAGGAAGCAAUGUGUGCAUCUCAGAGAAUACUAUCAAACGGCAACACUGAUGAAAAAUGUGAAACCAUUUCAAAGCCUGUUCAAAUCUGCCAGACACCAACAGGUGUCACUUGUCCCCCUGUAACUCAAAGCAAUCGCCACGUCACCCCGAGAAGUCAAGAGAGGACUGCUAAGUUGCUAUCAGAUGCAUCACUAUUCACAGAGAAACUUAACACUGGACAAGUGCCACUGAGGUCAACUGUGUUAGACCCUAAGGCAUCAAAUUAUACCAGUGGCAAAACUAGUGGGCAGGUCUCCUCUACGCUUGCUCCAAAAGACAAGGAGAGAGGGACAGUUCAUCCCAUACUUGACUUGAAAUCAUCCCUCUCCCAAAAUCAGAGUAAAUCCACCACUUACUGUGUCAGAUCUUUGGGAACUAAAUCCCCUAAUGACACCCCUGUCUCGCCCCUGCUGAGAAGUAAACUCAAAGUUGAUGAUAAAAAGUCAAACACCUCUUCUAAACUCAAGGGUCUAAGUAUUAAAAGUAAAUCCAAAGACCAAGAACAGACUGUCUGUAGAUCACCCAGGGCUGAAAGUCCAGUACACAAGAAAGCUCUCAGCUCCCCAAGUCAGUCUCCUAAACUCCACUCCAAAAGAACCACACCAACUGGUAGCCCUAAAUCCACCAGAGCUUCUGAGAAGAUCAGGGUUUCUACUUGUAAAACUGACCAAAGUCAGCCAACUGUGACCAGUAUUUUGAAGGCAAAUCCCAUCAACACAACCAAAGAAGAACUCAAGCCUUCCAAGAAGGAGCAAGUCUUGGAUCUAAAGGAGCAAGUCUCGAAAUCGGAAGUCACCGUCAGCACUCAAAGAACUUUCAUUGAGGUGCGACUUUCAUCCUCUUCAUCGUCCACACCUGUGCUUACACGCAAGGAAGUAGUGAAUGCAAGUCACUUAAGCUUGGCCUCAGUACCGGUUGAUCAAGUCGAGUGGGAGGAAUCCAGUUCUGAACCCUCUCUUGGAAGGCACACCAUCCCAUUAGAAUCGACCAGUUCUUCAUCUAGUUGUCCGCAGCAUAGUGGUGCUAAUAAGUCAAAUGAAACUGAUGAGGAAGUGUAUUGCAAUGGCCAGGAAGAAAGUCUCAUUAGGAACUCAAAUAAUAAAGAUGCUCCUUCUAGUCUUAAGGCAAGCAAAUCCAAACUGUACCUAAGGGGACUAGAACGGAGGAGCUACUCUACAGACACCAGUGGGACUCUUGACCCAAACCCCUUCUCAGUUCGUCAAAGAAUCCAGUCCUUUGAGAAUCUGGCCAGCUUUGAUCGAUCUGCCAUAAAGUGUAUAGAUAUUCCGUUUUAUGCUAUUAACUCCAAGCCACCUCUAAACCGGAGGUUGUCUGGGUAUGCUGGAUCUGUUAGCACUCAGUCCAAUGACAGCCGUUCUUUGAGAAGGAGUUUCAGCUCAUGUGUAGACAAUUUGAGCUCAACUCCAUCUCCACCAUAUUCACAGAAUUUGUCUUCCAGUUCCACCAACUCUGAACCAACUCCUUCGACCCAAACCACAGAAGAUGUAAUGAAAGAGAAGGUAAGAAAUAAGGCCUCUCAGAACCAGGCCACCGUCAACAUGCCACCAGUACUGCGCUCCCGCAAUGCCCGUGCCCAUGGAGGCCUGUCACGCUCCAAAUUGAGAGAGAUAAGGGCACUGAGCAUGCCUGAACUGGACAAGCUGUGUACUGAGGAUUUUACCAGUGACCCUGGAAAUGUGAUCUUUAAGACGGAGCUGGAAAUCCACCCUCGCAGGUCCAUAGACCCAGCAUCACAUGGCCUGCAGUGCACCAUGAUGACCAGGGUGAGCAGUGUUGACACUGGGGCUCUUGAUUCAACCAGUAACGGGGAGCAACAUGAAGGCCAGGUCACAGGGCUCUCAUGUUGGUCUAUAAGUUUGAAAGACCUUGAAUCUUCUCCUUUGGACCAAAAUAAAGUGCAAGAUCUUCUGUGUUCCCUCACAACCAAAGUGGAUGUGACAAGUCUCAUACAGGAAACAAACAGUCUUUCAGAGGUUAAAGAUGACAUUUACUUUGUGAUCUUAACCAAAGAGCAGGGAUCUGGACUGGGUUUCAGCAUCGCUGGAGGAGUAGAUCUUGAGCAGAAAUCUAUUACUGUCCAUCGGGUGUUCACUCGAGGGGUGGCAGGGGUGGAAGGUACCAUUCACAGAGGAGAUAGGGUUUUGUCGAUAAACGGGACCAGCUUGAGUGGGAUCACACACGGAGAGGCACUGUCCUGCCUUCACCAGACCAGACUGCCGAGACAAGCAUUAGUUAUCAUCCAGAAAGGCAAGAACACUGAGCCAAUAUCAACUAGACAAGAACUUCCUCUUCAGACUGUAGUCUGCCCAUCUCCUGGCCAUAGAGUCAGUAUCAGGGAACAUAAAACAAGUGUGGAAGUGGGGCCAGACGGGGCUUUGAGUGUGGAGUUACAGAAGACUACAGCUGGUCUAGGGUUCAGCGUAGAUGGAGGCAAAGCAUCUGCCCAUGGAGAUCGACCUCUCUACAUAAAACGCAUUUUCCAUGGAGGAGCUGCUGAACAGUCCCGGGUCAUUGACGUCGGAGAUGAACUUCUAGCCAUCAACGGCAGGUCUUUGCAAGGCCUUAUGCACUAUGAUGCCUGGAACAUCAUUAAAACGGUCUCUGAGGGUCCUGUUCAGUUAGUCAUCAGGAAACCCAGGACUUCAGUAUGACAUCUGAUCUAUCUGCACGUGUUGCACGUUUGUGAGAUGCCAAACUGUGGUGGACUCUAAUUGUACAUAGACUUUGCAUUGCUUUUAUAUGUGUUUGUUACAGGAUCCCUAUGAUGAAGAAUUUGUUGCACAUUGAUUUUUAUACAAACCAAGGCUUCUGCAGAUUUGCGGUGGACUUAUGUGGGCUUAAGGUGUUUUAGUAUGUCUUUGAACUUUGUGCUUUAUGACUUUUUAAAGACGUUUAAAGCCUAAUUGUUAGAAUUAUGAAUUUUGUUAAUAACUGCAUCCCUUGUAUAAUAUAUUUUGAUUCCAAUAUUACAAAAAUUGUUUUAUACGUACAGCUCUGAUUAUAAUGGUGAUAAUGCAAACCACUAAAGAGUUUGUUCACUCUGCCUAAUCUGAUGAUUAAGUCAACAUAUAUAUCACACUAUGUGAAUCAUAAAGUGAGCUUUUGUUUUGAACUGGUUUAUGAAUUAUAAUGGAUUUGUGGAAAUUUUUUUUUUUCUUUAAUCUCUGUUAUCGUAGUAAUUUACGAGUAUUUUUAUUGUUCCUCUUGAUGAUUCCAUUUUUGGGAGGGGGUGGGGGGUGCUAUUGAUUAAUUAUUUUAUCUUAAAGGUGAAGUGUGUAAUUUCCCAAACAGGUCUCCCAAACACUCCUAUCACCCCCAUCUGCCAGGCCAUUGUACAGAAAAACAGGGAGUCCAGUUUACACUCACUUCACCUUAAAUACUUGAAUUCAGUCUAUUUGUUAAAAAUACUAAUUCACAAAUCUGGUCAUUCAAAAUACAAUCAUACAAUGAAAAUAGUCACCUAAACACACUUUAAUUUGACUGAAAUAAAAUCAUGACAUUUCAGGUCUUUCGGUUAUGUUUGAUCAUAUUCUUUCAGCUGUGAAUAUUUUCAACAAAGUUGUCUCCUUGAUAACAUGUAUUAGUGCUGUUAUUAUAUUUUACUUGAAUUGUCUGUGUAAAUAUUAAGGUUCCCACUGAUAUUAUUGUAAUUUAAUUUCACUGAGUGUUAAGCACAAGUGUAUUAACUAAAGUGUAUAUGAAAAAAGCAAUCAUGAAUUUUUCUGUUGUCAGACUUUCUGCCCUUGUGAAUAAAGACAUCAGAUAUUUUGUAAUA